UCCGUCAAUCUUCUCUCUCAGCUUUCCGAGCGCAUCUUCAAUGAGACCUAUGUAGCCUGAAUUUUUCAGGACAGACCGCGGCAGCCGCGAAUGCUCCUGCCUUCAAGAUUCUUCGGCUUGCUCUCGCAAUUCAUUCCAUCUAUGCCACACGUUCAAUUGUCGAUCUCUCAUCUUCGACGGCUAACUCGUCCGUACGGAGCUCGUCAUCUCCAAGGCCACCCCGGGUAUCGUCAUUUACGUGAAGCCGGAAUUCGCUCGUUCCUGUGCGUCGGUCUCUUCCCCUCGGCAUUCACAAAGAACCUCGGCACCCUCGUCGACUGUUUUGCUCAUGCUACGCGACUCAAAGUGUACAGACUCUUGGCUCUGGAUUUCUCGUCUUCCACGAUUUCUUCUCCUAAUGCUCCUGUCAAACGCCUUUUAAUACGAUGGCCUUGACAACCAUUGAGGAUACGUAAUCUCUCAAGGUUCUGCACAUCCGACGAGCAUUUGACUCAGGCU